GGCUAUCCCUCAAGUAACGUCCGAAGAAACAGAGCCGGAGAAGGCAAGAAGAAGAAGAAGGCGGCGGUGGCAUUCUCAGGCUAUUUUCUUGAUCCAUACAGUGGCUGCUUGUUCCCUGUAUAUACCCCGCUGUUACUCAGCUCUCAUACCAUUUCCAAUUCAAUUCUCAAUAAGGAGCUUUUCGUCGACAUGGAGCACAGGCAUCUAGAUAUCAAUCUAAUCUCCGCCAACGGCCUCCGGAAUGUCAAUCGUCUCCACAAGAUGAGCGUCUACGCCGUCGUCACCAUCAACGGCGACGCCCAAACCGAGCAGAAGACCCGCGUCGACGAGCACUGUGGUUCCAACCCCGUGUGGAAGAAGUGCAGCAUGACAUUCAACGUGGACGAUGCCGCCGCCCUCGUGAUCCGUCUCGUGUCAGAUCGUCGUCGUCAUUUGUUUCCCGAUAAGGAUAUUGGGAAGGUGGUGGUUUCUAUCCAGGAACUUCUUGCUUCCAAAGAGGAGUUUUUCGUUCGCGAGGUCCAGUUGCCGGAUGGACAGCCGCAAGGUACACUGAUUUUGAAUUUCAAGAUUAGGUAGAAACAGAAAUAUCCUGCUGCCGGGCCCAUCGCGGGAUAGCCGCCUCCGCUUCCCGCCACAUGCCUAUACACUGACAGCAUCACCAGAGUAAUAUAUACCGGAUUCUGCUUUCUUCCCAUUUGUAACUUGUCAAUGUAAUUGGUUAUCCUUUUUUAUCUGUUUCUAUGUGAUUUCCCUAAACUCCCUCUGUAAUCAUAUACACUAGAGUAAUAUAUGGGAGAUCAUUCU